GUUUUCCCUAGACUUCAGUAUGUGUGAAUAUCGAGACCUGUUUAUAUGAUCGUGAUCAUCGUUACCAGGUCGAGGGAAUAAAGGGAAAGUAGUAUAAUUACUGAACUAGCGAUGUGAUGAAUCGUACUAUUAACAAAUGUAGGUGAAGAGACAAAUAACGGCUGUUUUUUGUUUUACAUUGUUAUGAUUAAGUUAGGCAACGUAUUUUUUUAAAGAAUUUCAUUGAAAAUAUGUAACUUAUAUUAAGUAAAUUAUUAUUUACUUUCUUAAAAAAAAUCCCAUACAAAUCUUUUUGCUAAAAAAAUAUUUGACUGUAAUUAAUUUACAUCACAUAGAACAUAAUUCAUGUCACAUAAUAUAAAUGACAUAGUAUAGAGUGGCAGUGGAGUUAAUGUGACACCAUGUAUUAUUCCCUCGUGAGAGAAUUCGCUUGGCAACUGGCAACAGUGGUUACGGCAACCCUGUUUCCUACUUCUCUGUAACGAGAUAGGAAGUCGUUCCUUAGUUUUGUGAACACGUUGUAAAAGUAUUUAAAUAUUAUUAGUGUUUCAUAAAAAUUAAUUCUACCCUACGUUCCAGAGUUAAAUGUAUUGUAAAAAAGUAUUUUUAUGUCCUGAAACUAAUUAUAUUUGAAGUGAUUUAACUUGAACUCAAAACAUGUAUCCAAGAAAUAGACAAAGCCAAGGCUAUCCCAAUAUGAGAAACCAAAAUAAUCCAAAUGUACCAUAUCAAGGUCAAAGCACUGAACUAGUAGCUAUACAACAAUACCGAGGAGGUCUAUUCAGCCAGGGGCUAGUUCGUCAGUUACCCCCAUAGCGUAGCUUGCCAUAGGCCAUAUUUUUAAUAACAUACUGAACUGAUGUUUACGUAACAUUUUAGGCUAAACUGUUUGUCACUAUUAGUAAUUAUGCUUUAGGUACAAACUAAAAAUAAACUUGUCUUGGUACUACAUAUGUAGGUUUCUCUGAAAUAUUAUGAUUUAAUAGUUACAAAAUAUAAAAAUGGCACAUGUAAGUUUUCUGUUCUUUUAAAUCUCCAUUAUUUAUUAAAUUUUAUUUCACAAUUAGCUUAAGUGUUUGUUUUCAUAAACAUGAGCAAAUUUCAUACACAACAUAUUACAAAAUUAUAUUUAUUAUUGAUAUAAAGCAUAUAGUAAUGAAACUUUUACUUAGGCUUGAAAAUCUUUAUUCUUCUUCUUACUCUCCUUUUACUCUCCUUUUUUCUAUUUUCUAUUUUAUGUAAACUCAGUUCAGUUAUACAUAAGGAAAUAUAGGCCACAGAAAUAAUUUGGCUGGUAUGAGUUAUGGGAGUAGCAUUAGACUGCUUUCAAAUGCAUAUGCGAUGCUAGACCUUGGUGGGAUAGCACAACCGUACAGGUUCCUUGUGUAGCGGCGACCCACCCUAUGUUUUGCAGUACAAUCAGCAAGCCAGUUUUCAAGCAACACAACCUCCUCCAAAUCAACAAAGUAAUUACAAACAAGGAAGUUCACAAAAUGCACAACCAUUUAAACCACAGCAGCAGCAGCAGCAACAACAACCACAAAUGCAACAGGUAGCAGCAAGGAAUUUGCAACAUAGCAAAUCUCAGCAACCACAAAUGCAACAAGUAGCAGCAAAGAAUCUACAACAAGGGAAACCACAACAACAGCAACAACAAUUGCCACAGCAAAUUAAACAACCACAACAAUCUAUUGCCAAUUCUCCUCAAAGCCAAGCUCAACCACAGCCUCAAUCACAGUCCCAACAACAAUCUCAGCCACAGCCUCAAACACAAUCACAAUCACAAUUUCAAUCUCAAAUACACCGGUUGAAACCAAUUUUAAAACUACCUCUCUAUAAUCAGCAACAAAGUGCAAUUGCUAUGCAAAAUAAUCCUAUUUCAUCUUCUCAACCAUUAGUUCCUACUCCAACAUCUCCCUUAACAACUAACUCUAAUCCUAUACCUCCAAUAAGUAAUAGCACAUCUGAAGCAAAGAAUGAAAAUCAAGUGCCUGAAGAUACAGAUAAUAAAAUAGAAGAACAACUUCCAAGAUGGAGGCGUAAAGCAUCUGGAUUUAGAGUAAAUAAAAGAAUGAAACGACUUCGUUUGAAUCAACGUCUACGAAAGACAUUGCAACCCAAGAAUGCAAUUAUGGUACUAAAUGAAAUGAAACCUGGAGUCCAGUUCACAUUUCCUGAAACUCAAGGACCUAUGCCAAACUCCCUAUAUCUCGUUCAUGCAGAGCUUGAUGGUAAAACUUAUGUUGGACAAGGAUUAUCUAAACCACUUGCUCGUCAAAAUGCUGCUGAAAAUGCAUUGAAAGCAUUAUUACUUGAAAAAAUGACGGCAGCAUCUAUGAAAGCACGUAUUGAUGCUGAAUCAGAUGGACAAUCAGUUCAAUCUAUGGAUUCAUCUAUUAUACCAAAAGAGGAAAAUAAUGAAGAAGGUGUAACAUCAAUGGAUACUACUGUCGAUGAAAGUGAUGAAAUUCCAUGGAGCUCUUUGGCUAGUUUUGCAUUGUAUAAACUUUUCCUUGAAUGGCAUAAUCAAGGAACAUCAGUUCCAGUUCCAAGACCAGGAUUACCGUCACCUGUUAAAGGAAUUAAAAGAGAGAUUUCUCAUGUUCAAAAAACUCCAGUUCAGAAAGAACUUCCACUUAAUGCAAUAAACAUACACCCUGUAAUGUUAUUAAAUCAAAUGAGACCAGGUUUAACAUAUGUAGAACUUAAUCGAAUUGGUAAUCCACCAAAUACAAUGUUUACUCUUGCUGUUGAUAUUGAUGGUAUUGAGUAUUCAGGAACAGCAAAGAACAAAAAGGAUGCCAAGAAAAUAGCAGCAAAAUCUGCACUCUUUGCUUUGUAUGGUUUAAAUUAUCCAGAUGAAGCUUCAUCAUUAAUGGACCAAUCAAUAAUUUAAAACAUCAUACAAACAUCAUUAAUUUUUGUAAUAUAUUAUGAUAUAAUACUAUUACAUUAUAGUAUUAUUCAUACUAUUACUCAUUUUACUUUGACUGCUUUAAUUCAUAUAUUGCGUGAAUUGUAGCAUAUUACAAAAGACAUUCGAAAAAUUCGAGAAUUACAAUGAGGAAAAAAGUUUAAAUAUAUAAACAUGUAGAAUUCAUUUAUACAUUAUUUUUAGUAUAUCUUAUUUUUCGAUCCAACGGCCUUAAAAACGGCCUUAGUUGUUUGACUUACAGAACUAAAAUUCAACUAAACAAAAAGUUGAACUAAGUCUAAGACUAUUUUCUAUUAUCUUGUUCCGUUGCACUUUCUUACUCUUGUCUUCAUAUAUCUCUAUUCUUUUCUUCCUUUCUCUAUUCUCUAUUCUCUAUCCUGUUCUUUUGAACUUCUAUUGGGUUAAGAUCUCAAAUCUUCCCUUCUUUCAACCCGCCGCCCAUAUAUAUUCUAUGUUUCUCAUCAUAUCAAAACCUACGUAUUUUAUUCUUCCAAAUUUCCGCAUCUCAUUCUAAGUAUCAAUCUUAUUGGGUUCCUUUAAUCCCUUUAUUAACCUAAGUGCUUUGGUAUUCCAUCUAUUUUCAAAUCUUUAUAUCUACAGUCAAACUUAGAAUUUAUUAUCCUACUAAAUUUAAGAACAAUUCUUCUUGAAGUUAUACAUUCUCAUACAUUUUCUAAGAAUGCAUUUUUUCUUGUUUGUACUUAAAUACUCCAAUCUUUCCUGACUAUAUUCAAAUCUUCUUAAGUAUCUCUCUUUACUUAUUUUGACAUUUGGAAGUUUUUGUUUCCUUCUUUUUCUCUUUUAAUACUUCCUUGGCUAAAGUUCUUCUUGUUACCUCUUCUGCCUUUAUUUCAUAUUUGAUGGUUUUAAAACCCAAACAUACUUUCAUCUUUUAAUUUUUGAUCCCUUCUAAUGUUAUGUAAUCCGCUCGUCUAAUCCCAAAGUUCACUUUAGGUAUUAAUUGUAUUCUUCUUAAUUCAUCUCUUUCCUUCUAUCCUCAAUUUUUUGCUCCAUAUGGUAUUACACUCUUUAUUAAAUUAUCUAAUAAACUUAUUCUUUCCAUAUAAUCAUUCAAGAACAAUUCAAGAACAGUUUUUCUCCAAUUCCUUAGCCUUAUCCUACUGUUAACACUUAGCCUCGCUCGGACAAGCCAACCUAUACGCUGUCCACCGCACAUUUUUCCAAGUAUCGAGGACUAAUAUUUGUUAUUUAAAAAGUAAAGAAGUCUAAAAAUUA